AUGGUCCAAGCUCAGUCUGAAGUGGCCAGCGUGGGGAUCAUCCUACCCCUUUCGCGCGAUAUUCCUGUCCUGGCCCAGGUGGAAAUACACCUGGCAACAGCUCGCACUGUAGAAGGUGGUCAUCAGAUGAUACCCCGAAUUGCGGAUCACCUUCCUGCGGUCAUUCCUCAUAGUUUGACUGCCCGCGUUCUGUAUGACGACCCUGCUGUCCAUGAGAACUUUGGUUUAGGCCACCCACCGGAUGGUCUCCCUGACAUUGGAACCUUGCGCCUUCGGGUUGAGACAUUGCGCAACGCAGCCCGCGAACUGUACGAUGUCAUGCGUGGAAUCACUAGUAGAUGCGAGCUGGCAGAUGGUACUUUGAGACGGUUGCGGAUCACAGUCGAGGAAUUGGAAGUAGCAUUCAGGCUCAUAGCGUGCCCUCCUCCGAUAACCAGCUUCCAACUGAUGUCGGACUAG